UUGGCACUAUAAUUAGUUAAAAUGUCUCUUUUAUUAAUACAUAUACCACUUGUUAUAAUUCCUAGCAAGCCAGCCCACCUUUCUUACACCUUCCACGCCGGAGCUCGGAAACCACCGUAUAUUGGGUCGUCUACGCGAAGGCGCUCGGCCAUGCAAUGCAUCGGAAUGACUACUGCCCGACGAUCUGCAAACUACAAUCCUUCCUUUUGGGAUUUCAACUAUAUUCAGUCACUCACCAACCAAUAUACGGAAGAGAGACAUUCCAUGCACGCCACCGAGCUGAUUGUGGGAGUGAAGAAGUUGCUACACCAAGAAUUGGAAGCCAAUCGAUGGCUGGAGUUGAUUGAUGAUUUGCAGCAGCUCUGUUUAUCUCAUCACUUCGACCAAGAAAUCAACCAAAUCUUGAAUUCUAUUUAUUAUGAGAAUACUUGCAAUACAAAGAAAAGGGAUUUGUAUUCAACUGCCCUUGAAUUCAGACUCCUUAGGGAGCAUGGUUUUCAAGUUUCUCAAGAUGUGUUUGAUUGUUUCAAAAAUGAGAAUGGAGAUUUCAUAUCUAGUCUUGGCAACGAUAUCAGAGGACUACUACAACUCUAUGAAGCAUCAUUCCUACUCACACAAGGUGAAGAAACCCUAGAGCUAGCCCACAAAUUUUCCACCAAAUAUCUUCAGAGACUUGUUGACGAUUGUGAUGACGACGACGAUGAGGAUAAUAUUCUAGAAUCAGUGCGCAACGCUUUGGAUAUCCCGAUUCACUGGAGGGUCCAAAGGCCGAAUUCAAGAUGGUUCAUCGAAGCAUAUGGGAGACGACCCGAAAGCAAUCCAAUAGUGCUUGAGCUGGCAAAAUUGGACUUCAACAUCACUCAAGCAAUGCAUCAGCAAGAACUCAAAGUCAUAUCCAGAUGGUGGAAGGAAACAAGGCUAAGUGAAAAGCUACCAUUUGCAAGAGAUAGGAUUGUGGAGUCUUACUUGUCGACCAUCGAUGGCCUCUCACAACCUCAAUAUGCUUAUUCGAGGAUCACGAUCACGAAAGUUUGUAUGUUAGUUACAACAAUAGAUGAUAUAUUUGAUGUCUAUGCUACCAUGGAAGAACUACAACUCUUUUAUGAUACUAUUGAAAGAUGGGAUCUUGAAGCAAUGGAACAACUUCCAAACUAUAUGCAAAUAUGUUUUCUCACACUCAACAACUUCAUCAAUGAGAUGGCAUACAAUGUCCUAAUAGAACAAGACAUUCUCAUCAUUCCACAAUUAAGAAAAUCAUGGCAAGAUUUAUGUAAAUCACUUAUACAAGAGGCGCAGUGGCAGGCCGCAGGGUACACACCAACACUGAACGAAUAUACGAAUAAUGGGUCGAUUUCAAGCUCGGUUCCAGUAAUACUAUCACACACAUUUUUUCUCAUCACAAAUCCUAUAGAGAAGGCGAGCCUGUACGAAUAUCACGAGCUAAUUCGAUGUUCAUCAAUGAUUUUGAGGCUUACAAAUGACCUUGCAACAUCACCGUAUGAGAUGGAACGAGGCGAUGUGUCGGAAUCGGUUCAAUGCUACAUGAAGGAAUCCGGGGCUUCGGUUGAAGAGGCUCGAGAGUAUGUGAAAUUUAUGAUAUGGGAGACUUGGAAAGAAAUGAAUGAAGAAAGAGUUAGAGAUUGUGGAUUUUCAAAAAAAUUUAUAAAAUGUGCAAUUGAUCUUGGUAGAGUGGCACAUUAUACUUACCAAAUUGGAGAUGGUGUUGGAGUUCAGAAUAGCCAUAUCAAGGAUCGUAUUUCAAGUUUGUUUUUUGAACCUAUUGUUUGAAAUUAUGUAGUAAAAAACAGCUCUUGUAAUAAAUAAAUCUAAGUUGAAUGUAUAA